AUGCCAUCUUAUUUUUUCCACCUCUUCUUUGAUCUUCACAGCCCUACCUCACACAUAGCUCGUUCCUUGCCGGAACUCUCAGAACUCUCAAUAACCCAAUUGUCUUCUCUAACGGCCUGGAUUCCACCCCCAGGGACGGACAUCUUCGCUGCCACGCUCCCACCUCACCCCCCACCCAUCACUUCCGACAAAAAGGAAGUGUCUAAACUGAUCACACCACAGGCGGAAACCAGUCGCAAAAAGGCGAAGGAAACACAAUUAACCGAGAGCCCACCACCUGGUACAUACGAGCAGUUGGAUUGGCGCUUUGGGAAGAUCGCGGUGGAGUCUAUAGAUAUGGGUUCUGAAGAGACCCCGGUUUCAGGAGUCCAGAGCGGACCUGUACAACGGAGGAAAUCUUCUGCAGCUUCUACGCCUCUUGCCAGUGGAACUGCUGCGAAAGCCCACUUCGUUCCCUUGGAGUCUAGAAACACAGAAUUUGGAUAUGGCUUGGUGCAUCUUUACCGCGACGUUCUCGAGACGCCAGGUCUUUAUACUCCAGGUUUAAAGAAGAAAGGAGAGGAAGAUACUGGCGAGCUUAUAGAAGAGGAAGAUGAUGAAUAUGCUCUCACUACCGUUGCCAUCCUUGCGGUUCCAUCGUAUAUGACUCCAUCUGAUUUUAUGGGAUUUGUUGGCGAAGAGACGAGAGAUACCGUGAGCCAUUUCAGAAUGAUAAGGACCGGAAAAGCAAAUCGUUAUAUGGUGCUCAUGAAAUUCAGGCACAAAAAGGACGCAAAAGUAUUUGUUACUGAGUUUAAUGGAAAAGUUUUUAAUAGCAUGGAGCCCGAAAACUGCCAUGUUGUCUUUAUAAAAUCAAUUCAGUUUCAAAAACCCUCUUCAAACAACCAAGCUUCCUCUGUCGCCUUUCCUGAAAUCUCAAACGAUCCAUUUUUCCCUUCACAGGGUCCUAGGCCGGCAAUUCCAGCUGUUGCCGCUUCCUCGUCAGCCACGGUUGCUAGCCAUAUCACUACAAAACCUGCGCCGCCUCCAACACCCUCGCUUUUAGAGCUACCAACAUGUCCGGUCUGCCUAGAACGUAUGGAUGAAACCACAGGUUUAUUAACGAUCCUGUGCCAGCAUGUAUUUCAUUGUGCUUGCUUGAGUAAAUGGAAAGACAGUAGCUGCCCUGUCUGCCGAUAUACACAAGGGCCUGGUAUUCGAGAAAGAAACGAUGAUGAAGACGAAGAUGAAUGCUGUGGCACUUGUGGAGCUUUCAAUAACCUAUGGAUUUGUUUGAUUUGUGGAAAUCUUGGUUGUGGCCGCUAUGAUGAUGCUCACGCCUUUGAACAUUACAAGGAGACAUCCCAUUGCUAUGCUAUGGACAUCGAAACCCAACGUGUAUGGGACUAUGUGGGCGACGGAUAUGUCCACCGUCUCAUACAAAACAAAGCGGAUGGUAAACUAGUCGAGCUUCCUUCAGCACUUUCUAUUUCCCAAAACCCAGACUCCCCAGGUAAUAGGGGCGACUAUGUUCCGAGAGAGAAAUUGGAUAAUAUCGGCAUGGAGUACACAUACCUCCUCACUAGUCAACUCGACAGUCAGCGCCUUUACUUUGAAGAAAAGGUUGCACAGGCGGCCGACAAAGCGUCCGAAGCCGCGCACGCCGCUGAGAAGGCCGUCGCAGAAUCUAGAGAAUUGCUGAAAGAGCUAAAGGAGCUCAAGUUAAAACACAGCGAAGUGACCCAGGAGCUUCUUCCUCUGGCAGAGCGAGGGAAAGAGCGAGCCGAAAGAAAGGCCGAGAAAUUUGGAGAGAUGGCUAGAAGGAUGGAGAAGGAAUGGAAGGAAGAGAAGGGGGUGAAUAGUGGGUUAAUGGAGAGAAUCGAAUACUUGACGAAAGAGAGCGAGGAAAGAAAGAAGGAAAACGAGGAUUUAAAAGAGCAGAUCAGAGACUUGAUGUUUUUCUUGGAGACAAGAGAGAAAAUGGAGAAUCAGGGAGAGGAGAUUGUUGAAGGUACUGUUACCGUUGGUGAUGCACCGCAGCCCCCACGAAAUAAGAAGAAAGGCAGGGGUAAAAGGUAA